AUGACGAGCGCAACUGAAUACGUGCACGGUUUGUUGAAUAAUUGGGCUCGCACCGUCGUGCUGAACGACCCCUCACCAGACGAGGAUAGUUUUGGCGCUUCCCUGGGAUUUAUGAGGGCAGAGUACGAAAAAGAUGAAAUUGCUAAGACUGGACGUGGAUUUGGAAAUGCGCAAAAUAGAGAUGGAGGGCGAAUCUUUAGAAGGAGCUGGGCAGCCGGAAUAUUGCAAAAUACCUCACGAGCAGCUCAUAACAUGUUCCGGGGCGACAUUGAAGAUGCCGUAGCGUUUCAUCACCAGGCUUCCGCCAAACAAAAGAACUUCAUUCAUGAUAAUUCGGUUUGUAUUCCUGAGCUUCUGCAACUUUGCAGCUUCAUCACUGAUAAACCAUACAUCGAGGAGCUGCGGGGACUAUCGGAACAGCGACAGUGGCGUCAAAUUAAUUUGUGA